AUGGUUUCCGUUCAUGAAUAUUCCAAUUCAAGUGAAUUAGCCUCCUCAGUGGGUGAAUUCAUUGUUGCAGAACAAAAUAAGGCCUUAGAGAGCCAUGGCAGAUUUAACGUUGCUAUCAGUGGUGGGUCCUUAAUCAAUGUUUUACGUAAAGCACUCGUCGAUGAUCCUUCUGUCUCUAAACAAAUACAGUGGGCCAAAUGGCACGUUUAUUUCAGUGACGAAAGAUUAGUUCCUCUUGAAGAUAAGGACAGCAACUACGGUGCUUUCAAGCAAGCUGUAUUGGAAGAAUUGACACGUAAACAGGUCAUUGGUCCUGUUGUUUACACCAUCAACGAAUCCUUGGUGCAAGAAGGUGGAUCGGAGAACGAAAAGGUAUCGAACGAGUACGAAAGUCUACUACCAAAGGAACCAUUUGAUUUGAUUCUAUUGGGAUGCGGCCCAGAUGGUCACACUUGUUCAUUGUUCCCAGGUGAAGCACACAAAUAUCUUCUAGAAGAGAAUAAACGCAAGGUUUUAUGGUGUCAUGAUUCUCCAAAACCUCCAAGUGAUAGAAUCACCAUAACUUUACCUGUUCUUUCCGCAAGUAAGUCUUUAGCUUUCGUUGCUGAAGGAAGUGGUAAGAAACCAAUAUUAGACGAAAUCUUCAACAAACAAAACCAAGAGUUACCAUGUACCAUUGUCAACAAGGAAAAUGACGCAAAGACUCGCUGGUUUGUCAAUUCAGAUGCGGUUGAAGGUCUUGGAUUACAUGCUGAAAAAUACUCUGCUUAA